AUGGUCACGUGACGGAUAACAAGCUUAGCCGUCAAUCGCAUAGGAAGAACCUCGCGACCAUAAGAGAAUUCUGCUGCAACAAAUACGAUUUUUUGUCCGUUUUACUCAUAUAGUUGGUCGAGAUGGAUGUGUCUGGGCACAGUCUGUUUCUCUUGCAACAGCUGAACAUCCAAAGGGAGUUUGGCUUUCUGUGCGACUGCACUGUUGCUAUUGGCAACGUAUACUUCAAGGCUCAUCGUGCAGUUCUCGCUGCUUUCUCAAACUACUUUAAAAUGAUCUUUAUACAUCAAUCCAGUGAAUGUAUUAAAAUCCAGCCCACAGAUAUUCAACCAGAUGUCUUCAGCUACCUAUUACACAUAAUGUACACCGGCAUGGGUCCUAAACAACCUGUAGACCAGGUCAGACUUCAGGAAGGCAUAAAAUUCCUCCAUGCAUACCAACUCUGCCGUAAAACAGGUGAAGGUGGUCCAGAUGCGUUCUCUGAGCCCGUCCGUAUGUCCAACCUUUAUGGUAUCCAGAUCUCUUCACAACUAGCCAGUAAAGAAAACUCAGGCCUAAAACCUGGCAGUUCACGGGACCCAGAGGACGGGCGCUCCAGCACAAGGGCCGAUCGCGCACGUGGACGAUUAGCUCUUGCUGUAGGGCUGGAGGGCAUCACAUCUGAGGGACAGCCCCAGAGCUUUCGCGCCAUAUCCUCUGUGGCCUCGGGUGAUGACUCUUAUAUUUCGGCACAAAUCAAACAGGAAAGAAUAGAGGAGGAAGAACAACAGGAAGGCGAGAAGGAGCCUAGUUCUCUCUCCCCGAACCAGGUAAGCCCCUGCCAGACAGGCCUGUUCAAAGAUGGCCCUUUAGCACUUCUGUGCCCCCGCUGUGGUGAACGCUGUCUGUCACCUGAAGGUCUACAAGAGCACCUUUUUACCCAUGCGGCCUGUGCCCUCGAGCCUGGCGGCCUGAUGGAGGGCCCUUCAGAGGAUAAAACCCAGCAGCAUACAUCCAUAGAGGAGAGGAGGCCCCAUAAUGAGCAUAUAGACACUUGUAGCCUAGAGGAGGCCCUACGGCAGAGCCAGGCCCUGGCAGAUGAGCUGGGCGUGGAACUCAGACAAGGCGUCGGGACCGGACGGAGCGGCAGUCCGUUGGCAACCUUCACACGAAAACGAAAGAUUGCUUGCGCCGUCUGCAACCUUCGCUUCUCACAGAAGAGCCAGCUGCAGGAGCACAUGUUUGCGCAUGUAGGCAAGCCACUGAGAUACCACCGCUACAGUCGCUUCUGUGGACAGAUGCUUCAUGGUUGCGAGAGUCAACCGGAUAUAACAGCAGCCACUGGAGAGGAGGGUGCCAAGGACACUCAGGAUAACGGUAGUUCCUGCUACUCGCUAGACUCUGAGGUCUCUCAGGAGAGUGUGGACGCUGUGACAGUGGAAUGAGCUCUGUU